UUUGAAGCUUCAAUCACUUCGCCUUUCAAUCGGAGAUUUUUGCAACAUGAAAAUUGCUCUCAUCGUACUCUUCGCCGCCAGCGUGGUCAUGGCUGCGCCCGCUGAGGAAUCUUCGGCAAAGGAGAAGCGUGGUCUUGCCUUGGGUCUGGGCUAUCAUGCACCAUUGCUGACGCAUUCAACAACCCAUCUGGUGGCACCAACUGUCCUCCAAUCGGCACCACUAUUGCAUGCACCCAUCGUGCAUGCGCCAAUUAUUACGCAACAUGCACCAAUUUACACUUCGCAUGCCAUUUCGCAUUCGAUUCUGCCUUCCUACCACUUGCCAGCCUAUUCUGCGCUGCAUCUCAAGUAAACGCGCAAAGUUGUUGCAAUUCAAUUUGUAGCGGAUGGCAAAGGUGUGAAAAUAAAUGGCAACAACAACAAGUUAUAAGAAAAUAUUUUACUAAAAUAGCGACAGCAAAAGGUGAAGCAUCAGUUGAGAGGAGUGAGGCAAGCAACAACAGCCGAGAAUACAAACAAAAAUAAUGACCAAUUGAAAAAUAAAGUUUAUUUUUAAAUAGAUGGUAACGCUAACUAAA